AUGGAGAAGGCAGGCAUACCUCCAGGUCUUCUUCAUGCAUCUGCUGUUUUACAACCGACGAAGGCGGAGAUACACCAACUUUCCGAGGAUUUAGACCUAAAGUGUACAGUUGAAGAGGAAGAAGCCUUCUACGAGCACUAUAAGGGUGUGCUGAAGUCGUACCAGACAGUCUAUGAGUUGCCCGAUCCACAGCUUCCUGUCCGCUAUCCACGACUUCCAGGUCAGAGGGAACAAGUCGAUAAUGCUUGGUACUGGAGAUGUGACAUUAAGGGAGCAGACUCUGGACUGUUGGCCGGUAAGACAGUGGCUAUUAAAGACUCUAUAGCUGUGGCUGGGGUCCCCAUGAUGAAUGGUACAAAGUUACUGGAGGGUUACACACCAGAGUUUGAUGCCACUGUCGUCACUAGGGUCCUAGACGCCGGUGGACAUAUCCUGGGGAAGGCGGCUUGUGACGACAUGUGCUUGAGCGGUGGUUCCUGGUCUUCUUCUACCGGACCUAUUGUCAACCCGUGUGAUCCCUAUAAGGAUGCAGGGGGCUCCAGUUCUGGAUGUGCUUCUCUGGUAGCACGAGGGAUAGUGGACAUGGCUAUUGGAGCUGACCAAGGAGGGUCUAUUCGUACUCCGGCCAGUUACUGUGGUAUCGUAGGGAUGAAACCGACGUAUGGACUGAUCCCUUACACAGGGGCCAUGGGAGGGGCGGUUACCAUCGAUCACCUCGGACCCAUGACGAGGACAGUGGAAGACUGUGCAUUACUUCUGGAGGCCCUUGCCGGUUUCGAUGAUGACAGGGAUCCUAGACAGCGACCGAUCGACUCCAUACCUCCAUACUCUAAACUGUUUAACCGUGACGUGUCCGGGAGGAAAGUAGGGGUUCUUACAGAGGGAUUCCUGGGAGUAGAUGCAGAUGUUGAUAAGUGUGUAAAUGAAAAGUUGUCGAAACUAUCCGAGGCUGGGGUUGUACUCAAGGAUGUAUCCAUACCUAUACACCAAGUAGGAACAGAUAUCUUCGUCCCCAUUACGGUCGAAGGUUCUCACGCCUGUGGAUCACAUGGAUAUGGCACUGGUUACCUGUGGAAAGGUUACUACCCUGUAACAUUACAGGAAGCUAUGGCUAGAGGUUCCACCCUGCGGCCUUAUGACCUCCCCAUUAAUCUGAAGAUGAGAAGAAUUCUCGGAGAAUAUAUGCGAAGAAAUUAUCAGAAUAAGUUUUAUGCUAGAUCACAGAACCUCGUUCCUGUGCUGAAAAAAGCCUACGACGACGCUCUCAAAGACGUCGACGUUCUUGUGAUGCCGACGAUGUCAAAAACGGCGGAGAGCCUACCGUUUACUGAAAGUACAGCUAAAGAGAGACUUGCAGCGUGUAUGGAAAUAUCAAAUAAUUUGGCCUCCUUCGACGCGACUGGUCAUCCGGCCUUGUCCCUCAAUGCUGGUUACUCAGGACAAACUGGACUUCCGGUCGGACUACAAGUUGUCGGUAGACUGUACGAUGACCUUAGUGUACUUCAAAUAGCCUUCGCUAUAGAACGGGUAUAGAAUAUGAUAUUGAGAAUAUCUGGUUACAACAAACAAGCAAUAUAACUGAUACGGCUUGUGAUUGACACCAUACUGUUUCUGGUGUUAUAACAACACAGACAUUUACACUACAUAUACAGUAUAUUUCUUUGUUUCAAAGUUUCGUGAAAAAACAAC